AAAUUUGAUGAUAUUUUCCCAUUGGUUUCUGUGGUGGAGCAACAUAAAUCUAUUGAGGAGAUUGAGCAUGAAUAAUCUUUUUUAUUUUAGAUAGUAGAAGUACUGUACCUAUAGAAUAUAUGAGGGAAACUAUCAUAGCGGCAGGUUGAAUGUGAUCUCAGUAUUCAAAUUUCCAGAAACAAGGUUUUUUUUUUUAAAGGUUUUAAAAGAUAUUCUAAAUGCAAUAUCAUGAAGGUGAAAUCAGACUUAGGGAAGACCUAAACAAAAUAUAAAAUUGGUCCAUUUCAAGUAAGGAAGCCAGAGUCUAAACAGUAUGCUUUCCCCCAAUUUCAGCAAAGACAAAUAUGGGACAAAUGGAAAAGACCAAUGAAGGAGCAGAAAAUCAAACAAAAGUGAUGGAAUUCAUUCUUCUUGGCUUCCCUGGAUCUCAUUAUAUACAAAUGUUUGUCUUUAUUAUCUUCCUUAUCAUGUACAUUCUAACAGUUUUGGGAAAUGUUGUCAUCAUCAUUCUCAUAAUCUCAAAUCAGCAUCUCCAUACUCCCAUGUAUUUCUUCCUUUGCAAUCUCUCUUUUCUGGAAAUGUGGUAUACAACAGCCUCUGUUCCAAAGGCCCUUGCCACCAUUCUUGGAUGGAAUAAAGCCAUUUCUUCCAUUGGCUGCAUUAUGCAGAUGUACUUUGUUUUUUCUUUGGGAUGCACAGAAUACUUUCUGCUAUCUGUCAUGGCUUACGACCGAUAUUUGGCCAUAUGUUAUCCAUUGCGUUAUACCAUCAUCAUGAGAUUCCAUUUAUUUAGCAUGCUAGCAGCUAGCUCUUGGCUCUGUGGAUUCAUCAUUAUUUCUGUGCCAACUUUUCUGAUCUCAAGAUUGACUUUCUGUGGACCCAAUGUGAUUAAUCACUUCUAUUGCAACAUUGAUUCCUGGAUAGUUCUGGCUUGCAGUAGUACUUAUGAUGUUGAAAUGGCAGCUUUUAUUAUAUCCAUCUUUGUUAUAUUGGGACCCUGUGCUGUAACUCUACUUUCCUACAUUUAUAUAAUUUCUACCAUCCUGCGUAUUCCUUCAGUCAAAGGGCAGCAAAAAGCAUUUUCUACAUGUUCCUCCCAUCUUGCUGUUGUCAUCAUUUGGUAUGGUUCCACUAUUUUUCUCUAUGUUAAGCCUUCUAAAUGGACCUCUUUAGAAAUGACCAAAUUAGUGAACAUUUUGAACACAGCUGUAACUCCCUUGCUGAAUCCCUUUAUUUACACACUAAGGAACAAAGAAGUAAAGGAGGCAUUUAAGCAUACACUAUAUUGGCAUUAAAGAAAAAAUGUUGGUUAUAAAAAUAGAUUUUAGUUUGAAUAGUUUUAAAGACAAUGUACAUAUAAUUCUAUUUUUACAUCAUGUUUUUAAAUAACUUUAAUAAGAUUUUAAUAAAAAGACAAUUGAAAACUAACUGAAACUAAGAUUUAGAAUAUAGAAAAGUAAAAGAAAAGAAAGAAAAAAUUAAAAAGACAAAGACAGGAAGAAACAUUUAUUUGUUGUAGAGAAAUUGUAGGAUAUAGAUGUAAUAUUGUAGGAUAUAUGUAGAGUAGAGAAGAAAACCUGGGCAGAAAUCUGGCAAAACUCCAGAAAAAAAGCUGAUCAUGGAUUAGGGGCUUCACUCCCUCAACAGCCUCAGAGGAAAACUUGGAAAAACCAAAUUUGGGCUACCUAUGAACUUUGCAGCAAAGUAUAAUUUUAUUUUGGGAAAUCUACUAUUUCUGAAAUAAUAGGUAAAAAGUAUAUCAGAAUUUGAUUAAUUUUCUAUUUGGUAAUGAGUCUACAAUUAUAUGGUGGUCUGUACUAAUUAAAUAAUUGUUUUUAAUUCAUACUUAAGAUUCAGUUUUCUUUAUUAUGAAACAGGUAAUAUUAUCUUGAAAUCUGCAUAGAUCACUGAAUAUUGUUCAGGUAUUUAUUUUCCAGUUUGGCACCAGAUGUAUCAUUAUAAUUUGGGCAGAUGCAAUUAAUUUUUCCAAUAUUAAAAAGUUGCAUUUUUAAUAUGUGAAAGUAUUAUCUCCAAAGUUCUCAUUCUUUAAACAAAACUCUGAUUAUUUUAUAUCUCUGUGAAUUUGAUCUAAGAGGGAAAGUAUGGCCUGAAUCAAUUAAACACAUGUAAAUUGUACAGUACACAACAUUUUGUCACUUCUUAUUGCAAUAAUGCUGUGAAAUAGGCUGCGCUGAGGGAGAGUCAUUGGCUCAAUUAGUUCCUGUACUUUGAAUCCAAGACUUCUGAAUUGCACUUGCACAUCUUAGUGAUCACAUCAAUUUUCUUGUUUGAACUGUUUAAAUAUUGUCAGUGUUGACUCAUCAAAUACUUAUAUAUUUCUACAUUGAGUCACCUGAUUUCACAGCAGUUAAAUCAAGGAUUUAAGCAGCUAAAACACAACAACCACAGAAAUAUUUCCUCAAUCGUGAUUGAGUAAUACAGAGGUUCCUUCUCAAGCUCAUGACAGAUCUUCUGGGAGUGAACAAUCCCAGUUUUUCCUCAGGAAGGGACAGGUGUUAGAGAGAGAAGGGGGUGGGGAAUUCUUCAUAGUGAGUCUAGGUGCUUGGUACACAUCACAAUAAAAUGUAAAAGUUAAAAUCUGAAUCAUAUCAUGGUAAAAUCUGGCUUUUUGUAACUGUGAUCUAAUGUUGUAUAGAAAUAACACAUUGGUUUGUGUACAACACUUUUUUUUUCAGUUUCCCCAUCUAGUUACUUCUCUUUAAUUUUAUUUUGUUGAACAUUCUGUACUGAGUGAAAAUUAAUAAAAUUGUAUCUCUAAUAAUAUUUACACAAGGAGUUUGAAUGUCAUAACUUACACACAGAAAGUAUUUGAUUCUCAAGCUGAUUUGUACGCAUCUAUGCCUUUUAAUGAUAAAUUGCUUUCUGAAAUGGAUAACAAUUAAAAUAAAAUGUCAAUUUUAAAACAUAUUAUCAAACAAAUA